GCUUCGUGAAACUUAGGCAGUUGGGACUCCCUUGCGCCGUGGCUGUAUAUACGUUUGUCUAUAUUUAGAAUACAUUUGAGCACCUCAGCCUUCCGUAUUGUCUUGAGUGUUGUGGAUUUACACUUAAUCGACCCUUUUAAAAUCUAAGCAGUUAUAUGGAGUCUACUGGGAUUCCAGAUUCAAACGAUGCGAGGUCUUCUUUUUUUUCAACUGAAACCACACACACUAAUCACACAAGACAAUCCAAGUAUCUUGGGCAGAAUGACGUCUUCAGCGACGAUAGUUUUUUACGCAGUUCAAAGAAUUCGUCACUACAUCGAGCGCUGAAUGAUUUUAUGAAAUCUUCUCACUCCUAUGUCGAGUAUUUAGCAUCUCAUGGAACUGGAAAAAGUCAGCUAUUGACAUUUUUAUUAAAUGCUCUACAAAAAAAGGAAUCGCUAACAGCGACCUGCAAUUUGGACGUACGUUCUACGCCUUCCGAGGCUACAGACCGAGAUAUACUAUCGGCUCUCGUUAUAAGAGAGGAAUUAAACAAUCUACAAAGCCGUGGACUCAAGCUCUUUGAAGCCGUACAAGAACUUACGCAAAGGCUCAACGAUGCACGUUCUUCUCGAUUUGAUGUCACAGAUUCAGUUGUUUCGUAUGAAGAAGAUGCCUUGGCCAAGCUUUUACUGCCUUCGGCUCUACCCGAGAAUAUGAAAAAGCGCCAAGCUUUUGAUGAGCGAAAGGCACAUCGUGAUCGAUUUCAAUCUAGCUCGUCUGCUCUUAAUCAACAAUCUCCAUUUUGGUUAGAACAAGGUCAUAAAAAAUUGCGUAUUGAACCUCUUUUUAGCUGCAAAACUGCUACUCUGUCAGAUCAAAUUGAAAAGUCGCCAUCAUUUACCAAAAAAGGAUCUUCUAGUACAGAAGAUCGUAGAAGCGUCGUGAGCGGCGACGGUGAUUGCUCGCACCCCUGUGACGGCGAUAGAAUAGUGGAGCUUGGAAAGGCCAUCGAAUACUGUUCUCCUGUUCAAGGUAACAAUCAUGAUGAGCUAACUGACUCCGUCGAUUCUCAGUCUUCCUGUGUUUUUUCGAAGACUGAAUGGUCAUCUCAGAAUGGCGACGAUUUCAAAAGCGAUUCGUCUUGUGCUGCUUCUGAUAUAGAUGAAGGGAUCUAUCACGAAAAAAACUUGUAUCUAUACAACGACGAAGACGAAGAGUCUGAAGUGACAGAAAAUUUUGUCAGCGGAAAAGAUCAAACAGAAUUUAAUGACAGCAGCUCAGAUGAAGAAAUGGGAGAUACCGCUAGCACCGAUUUAUUUCUGGCAGAUCCUUCAGACACAGCUUCAAUUCGAAUUAUUUUACCUACGUGCUUAAGGCUGCCAAAUAGCCCUAAUGACGAAAAUUGCAAUCAAGACUUACCGUCCAACAUGCGAAAAAGAGGGUUUGACGGAUCAGCCGAUUCAUCCCCAGAAUCAGGCUCUACCAAGAGGUUUUUCAUUUAGCAAUUCUUGUUAUUAUUUUUACUGUCAAGUGUGUAUUUUUCGACAUCAAUAAAAUUCAUUUACUAUUAGCACUAUUGCAUAUGCGCAUAUCGCUUCCAGCGGCCACUCAUAGGCUUCUGUGUGAGCUCUGAAGCCGAGCAUUGCUAGCUCACCUAUCGGUAAGGGCAUUGCAAGGACAAGUUUCCGUUUUUAGUCGCGGGAAGGCAGUUGGUUUUGCGCGUAUAUCCAAAAAUCCUACACAAUGCGUACAAUCGAUACAACUUUUUCCUGAGCCACUGAGAGUCCAGACAGCUUCUAAAUAUACGGUUGCAUCAACGCACAUGCAACGCCAUGCUAGAUCUCAAUCUACCCCGUAACAUUCUAAAUUGGUACAGGACAAUUUGAGAGCACGUGCUAAGUUGUGUUUUUCUUCACACCCAUUUUUACACAUAAGUUCAUAUGGGUUGAGAGGCACUGUUAUACAAACGUGGAUAGCUUUCUACACGUUUGAACGCAGCUACUCGCCUUCGAGUCGUAAAAGCAUUGUUGCCUCCGUUUAUUGCGACGGGCUCCGACAAAUUUCCGACCCUAAUCUCCUCCUUCUUGAGCCGAUGUGCCUCUAUUUAGCGGAUAAGUCAUAGAAUUUCUCCACGAUGAAAAAGCUACCAGUGUGGCUCAAGCUUCAUAUAUACCAAAAUGGCCCAUGAAUCACGUUUUUGGAUACCCGUGCAUCUUGAUCGAUACUGGAUUGGCCGCGACGAAAGGGUCUGUUGUCCACAUGUACUGGGUUGUGUAGAGGGUACGAAGCAGAAGUUUACUUGUAUUCAAAACUCGAAACCUCAUUCGAUUGGCAGCUACUUUGAUCGAUUUUGUUAUCGGACUGCUGAUGCUAGAAGCAGUUGUUGAGUCCCGGCGCGGAAGCGAAGCUGUUCUGUCGUUGAAUCAUGGCCCAAUUCAUACACCGUUUACAAAAUCUACUUGGUUGUCAACCUACCAUUGACAUAGAAGAGCUCCUCCCCAAUCACGAUGCAUAUAGGUUCGAGGAAGAGUAUUUUGGCAAGAUUCGAACCUUCAGAGCGUUGUACUCUAAUACCGCUGGCACCUUCAUGGAUUUUCACUUUUAUGUUCCCUUGGUCUAGUGCACAACAUCAACUGAUAGUUAGCGUUGGUGGUUUCAUAUCGCUUUCAAAUGCAGCGCAUUUCGCUGGUUUGAGAACUGCCAACAAAAUAUUGCAAUUCCGAUAAGCUAGAAAAAACAUUACCUUUUUAUUUCUCUUGUCGGUAUAUGACGGCAUGAAUCUCAAGAAGUACUUUGAAUCCAGUAUCUUGGCUUUAGAAAAGAACGCAGCAGACUUUGUGAACCUUGACCUUUCAAAUUUUUGUCCUAGUGAAGAACUUCUCGAUAGGUUUUUGAAGGUUUUGAAAUUGAAUUCGCACAGUACAGUAUUUGACAACCGUUUUUUAAGUUUUGAUAGAAAGCGUUCUAACACGUUAACUAGUUACAAGUUUGAGUCUGCAUGGAGCUAGAGGCAUAAAUCAAACCCGCUGGAAGGAGCUCUUUCAGUCGCUUCCUGUUCAGCUCCAGGCUCUCGAACUGAGUGAUUGUGAAUUGGAGAAAAAUGGCAGUUUGGAAUGUCUUUCGGAAAGGUUGAGCGAGUUAAGACGACUCAACGAACUCGACCUUAGCAGCAACGCCUUAAAUAACAGACGGUCCAUUCAGAAGUUCGCCUCGGUAUUACCUGCUCUCACGGAGCUCUCAGAAUUACUCUUACAGAACAACAGACUGGGGAGAGAAGGUGUGACGAUUUUGGUAAAGGCGUUGUUACCGGCGACACAACUAUCAAGGGUGUGGCUACAAAAUAACGAGUUGAGUAAGGCGGACAAGGAUGCAAUUAUGUCGAUCAUAAGAUCUAGUCAUUUGUCUAAUAAGGUCGAGCUUGGAUCGUCGCAAAUUUGACUUUGAUCAGCAGCGGGCGUUUUAUGUAAUCCGUCGUUGUAAAGCUCCGCAUAUAGCAUUUUUGAGCGAGACAUUCUCUCACGCAACGAUUUGGGCGUUCAAUUUUCUUCAGACGCGUAUCGAGAGUGUAUUUGGCGUCGACUAGAGACCCUUCCGUGUGGCUUUUCGGGGAGAUGGGUGUUUCGCGCAGUCGUCUUCGUGGGUUGUUAGACGUCGAGGCGAGUUCGCGGAUGCACUUUCAGAUGCGCGAUGGAUGUGGCUUACACACAUGGUGAUUAUGUAUGGAAAAAAGUUUUGUAUGGAACAGAUAUUUGUUCUGUGUACGAUCUAGGCGUUAGGAGACA